AAGGCGUGCAUAGACUUCCAUUUUGUUUGGGGGAGAAAAGAAAAGGAGAGAAAGAAAAGAAAAGAAAUGGAAAAUCUGGCUAUUCUACUACUAGUGAUUUUCUUGGUAGCCAUGCCAAUGGCGUAUGGCGUCAAAGAAGGUGCCGAGGAAGUAGAUGAAUGGUUCGACAAGCUUCCAUACGUAAAACAAAAGGUUACCAAGCUCCAUUUCUUCUUCCACGACAGGUUUGCUGGAAAACACAACAUAACUGCCGUCCGGGUCGCUCACGGACCCGACACCGACAAAUCGCCAACCUCAUUUGGUCUCGUUUUCAUCAUGGAUGACCCAUUAACAGAAAGGAUGAAUCCGACAUCCAAAGAGUUGGGUCGAGCUCAAGGGCUGUACGCAUUUUCUGGGCAACACGAACUGAGCCUGUUGAUGUCGUUUAACUUGGUGUUUACCACCGGCGAGUUCAAUGGCAGCACUCUUACUGUACUUGGGAGGAAUCCGGCGGUUCUCCACCGUGAGAUGCCGAUUGUAGGUGGUUCAGGCGUUUUUCGAAUGGCUCGUGGGGUGGCGUCGGCUAAGUUACGGUCGUUUAAUAUGACUACCGGUAAUGCUCUCAUUGAAUACAAUGUCGUAGUGAUGCAUUAUUAAAGUGAUUUACCCAAUGCAUUCGUCGUAAGCUCAAAUAAAAAUUCAUGGCUAUUUAUAGAUACCAUAUAUGUUUUUUUUCAUGUGGUAUUUCAUUUUACUUAUUUUCGUUUUUUUUCGAAAUUUGAUGUUGCAUUUGAAUUUUCUUUUACAAUAAUGAAAUAUUUUAUUAUGUA